AUGCUUCAUAAUAAGUCUGAGUCAUUCGCACCUUCUAUUGGAAAUGAAUUGACUAGAAAUUUUAAAAAUCUUGGUGAACCUGUGUAUGUAAAUGUAUAUCAUUUGCAUUGGCCUAAUGGUUUAAAAAUGGGUGCUUAUCAUACUGGAACCGUAGUAUACGAUAGAGAAUUCGGUUUUGGUGGACAUCCAUUUGCAAGUAGUGGUAUCUUCCAGACUACACCAAUGGAUAUUGAUAGUUUAGGUGAAGAAAUUUCAUUCAAAGAAAGAUUAUAUAUGGGUCGGACGUACUUAUCGAAAAAAGCUGUAGAACGUUUACUUGCUAGUUUAGCUGAUGAAUUCCGUGGUGACGCUUACCAUUUAUUACAUUUCAAUUGUAAUCAUUUCACUUCACAGUUUGUUGAUCUGUUAUGUCACGGUGUUUUACCUAAAUGGAUUAAUCGAUUAGCUCGUAUUGUAUCUGGAUUACCAUUUAUUGAAACUUUUCUACCACCUCACUGGAUUCGACCAAGUUUAAUGUAUGACUGUGAAUUCGAUGAUUUAAGUAAUGAUGAUGAGGAAGAAAGAACAAUAGAAGAUAUCAAUCAGAAUGAUCAAAAUACACAGUUGGUUAAUGGAAAUACUAAUAAUAACAAUAAUAACCAGAUUGCUUGUUACAAAAACGAAGAUGAAGAUCUCUCCAUGACAAAGUCAUUUACUGAGAAACCAUGUUUUCAAUUUGUUCAUUCUACAUCUACAAACAAUGGUCAUGUUCCGUAUAGAACUACUAAUAGUAUAGUCGAUAGUGAUGAAACGUCUAUUGACCAUUCGGAUAAUCAUCACCAUGACUCGUCACUAUUUCAACUAAGGAUGGUUUAG